CGACACCACACAAUAUGCCGGACUCACUGCAAAUCGCCCUCAAGAACGACAGCGAUCUUGACAACAUCCAUGCCUAUGUCACCGGCAUUGCCAUACAGCAUGAAGGCAAGCGUUGUUUGCUCAAAGCAAACGGGAAAGACCUCUACUUCCCAACAGAAGUCAAGGACAUUGGUUCUCAGCUGCAAGAAGACUGCGCCAUACCUCUAGGACCGCCCGGAAACAUUGCCAAUAUCACCAUUCCACAAAUAGCAGGAGGGCGAAUAUGGAUUGCGGAAGGCCAUCUCACAUUUCUGCUCAAUCCUGGAGGCCCAGCUCUGGUCGAACCUUCAGUCCUCAACCCCAGCGAUCCCAAUGCCAAUGUGAAUUUUGGCUUUGCGGAAUUCACGUUGAACAAUGAGCAAUUGUAUGCGAACAUCUCGUACGUCGAUCAUGUCCCCCGGAUCCCCAUUUCCAUCCACUUGCAGACCAGCUCGGGCGAUGUGCAGCACGUAGCGGGCAUGGCGCCAGACGGUCUCGAUCGCAUGGCAGAAAGCCUUCGAGAACAAGCGCAAAAGGACGGCCGGCCAUGGGACAAACUUGUCAUCAACAAAGACGGGCGCAACCUACGAAUCCUGAACGCCACGCAUGGAGAUGCAGUUCAAGCGAGCUUCGAUGGGUACUUUGAGCCGUACGUGGACGAGGUGUGGCAAAAGUACAAGUCCGAUUGCAAAUGCAAGAUCAACACCCAGGCCGGCCCUGGCGUGCUGGAGGGACAAGUCAAUCACCACGAUCGUUUCCAAAUCGGAGACGAAGAGUUCGAAAAGCCAUCUACAGCAGAUAUUCUCGGCUGUAACAGCGGGCCCUUCACAACCGGCUCCUCGGCUGUGAGAAACGCCAUUAUCCCUCGCCUCGCAGCAUCAUUCGUGCGAUCAUCUCUGGCCGAUUGUGCAGAUCACCCGAGUCACCCCGAGACGUUUUACCUGAGAGAUCCUACGAACCACUACGCCAGGCUCGUGCACGAACACAAUGUCGACAGGAAGGGAUACGCGUUUGCGUACGAUGAUGUGCAGCCCGAUGGGGGAGAAGACCAAUCGGGAAAAGUCAAUGCGGGUGAUCCGGUGUUGUUUACAGUCUCUGUUGGAGGCAAGAGCGCUGCAGUGGGGAAUGUGGCGCCAGCAGCAGCAGCACCACCACAACAGCAGCAGCAGCAGCCUGCUAGCUACGACGGAACUUCCACUCCUCCUCCUCCACCACCGCCUGCCGAGACGAAGCCUUUGCAGGGUGAUGCUAAGGGUGGCCUUGGUGGGAAGCUUUUUGGCAAAGUCAAGGGCAUGUUGCAUCGCUAGGCUGGGAAAUGCAGCAUCUGUGUGAUGGAUGCGAUUGAUGAUAAUGAUGACGAUAACGAUGAUGAUGUAGUUUGUCCUCUUUGAUGUUUCUGCCACAUUCCCACUCAGUCUGUCCAGAAGAGAAAAGAGUGUGAGAUACAAGAAUAGAAGUGUAGCCAGGGAGGAUAUACAGAGGGCCUUUGGUGUCCAUUACUUACCUUAAUGAGCAUGCGAUUGGCGUAACUGAAAGUUCAAUUUUUUUCUCCAAAAGAAAUUGAAGAUUGAAAAAGGUGAGUUCAACAAAUGCUACAUAAAACAGUCAUGCCACCCUCGCUCCCCCAAAAAGGGGAGGAAACAAAACAACCAGUUUUUCACCUUUCCUCUUUUCCCAACUGCAACUCCUCAGCCCCGCGCAAAGCAUCCAUGGCAUCCUCCAACUCAUCCUCAUACACAAUGACAUGCCCCGCACGACUCGUACUCAAAUAACUCAUAUUAAACAUCUCCCUCCCCAAUCUCCCCUUCAUACCUUCAAUCAACCGACUCGAAACCCCACACACAAUCCCCGUACUCUCAACAGGCAACAUGUGCAAAUCCAACGUAAUAGGAAUUUGUUCCGGAGCCUGCGUCCCCAACAGAAUUUCUUCACCGCCCAGAAAAAAAUUCUCCAAAAGUCGUUUUUCUAAUGUGAAGGAGGCGGAUUCCGAGUCUGUCAGAGUUAGAGAGAAGAAUUUUGGGGGGAAAGGGUGUGUGGUUGUGAGGCAUUUGGCGAUUCCCACGUCGAGUUUUCCUUGGGUGAAAUUGGAGGUUGAUGAGCCCGGGGUGGAGUCUUUGAGGCCGGCGCAGGUGAUGAGUUGGAGAGAGGGGUCGACGGAGGGGGAGAUGUGGUUGCGAGCGAGGAUUUGGAAGGUUUUGAGUUGGAGGUCGGAGAUGGUGGUGGGUGGUGGUGUUGGAGGGGUCGUGGGAGUCAUUAGACUCUGAUGGUGAUAGUGAUAGUGUUGGUGGUAGAUGCCGGAACCGUUGGAGCUCGAAGAACAUGAUCCUUGUCGCGCAUGUGAUGGCGAAAGCGGUGAAGCCGGAUUCGUCAUAUGGCCUGCUUCGCCAUCUUCACUAUCGGCCUCGAAUACGAAGCCACGUUCUUCCAGCGCAUUGAUGACUUUAAGCCGAGAGCUAAACGGGACCAGGAUGAAGUCCGAGUAGUAUGAUGUAAUGAAGAAGAUGGGAAUGCCAGCCAAUGCCAGCGGACUGGUCAAAUCGAGCACUCGUUGCCCGGCUUCCAGGCCCUCGCCACCAAUGGUGAUGGCCGAGUAGUCUUCUGUGCUGAUGGAGACGUGCUUUUGCAAGUCUGCGCUGAGAGAUGCAAUCAGCGGCUGGAAGAGCGCUUCGGCUUCCUCGCGGGGGCACACGAUGGAGCAUUCGUUGGGUGUGAUGGACAAGUUGACGAAUGGCAGCCAGUAGUUCCAGGGACGAUGCGGGGGUACGACUGCACCAUCUUGGUCUCGGGAGUUGUUAUGUAGGAGCAGGGCAAGGAUGGGUUGCAGGAACAGUGAAUAUGCUGAGGUCGGGAUAUGAAUAAUGGCCAGAUGCGUCCUUAGGAAGCCAAUGUUCGCAUUGAGUAGUGUGGUCGACUCCGAUAUCGGCUGGCCCAUCGGAUUUCUGAGAAGAAUCCUCCCAGAGUCACUGUCGUCGUCGACGUUUGGGAUCGAUCGACAACGUCCACAAGUGAAGGAUAUUCCGUUAAUAACAGUAGCAGCAGCAGCAACAAUCUCUUCUCGGAUGGUCCGCAAAGUAUGUCCUGAAGAACGAGGUCGUGAC